AUGGGCAGGUCCCUUGUGAAGUCCGCCUUAUCCAAGGGGGAUCUUGUUACGUCCGUAGGGCGGGUCUUCGAGACGAACCCCGAAGAUAUGGCGGUGCAUCAAGACAAGGACAGUUGCCUCGGACUACUAUGUGACGUACGCUCAAGAGACUCAGUCGCGCGCGUGGUUGAUCGGACAUUGGAGCGAUUUCAGCGCGUCGACGUCGUCGCCAACUGUUCUGGAUACGGCGUCAUAGGUGCGUGUGAGGACCAGGACGAGCACGAGAUUCGGAACCAGUUCGAGACAAAUUUCAUGGGGACCCUGAAUAUCAUCCAGGCCACUUUACCCUACUUUCGCCAGCAGAACGGCGGUCGCUACCUCAUUUUCAGCUCGACGUCUGGGGCACUGGGUGUCCCCGGCCUCGGUCCGUAUUGUGCCACUAAAUACGCCGUCGAAGGACUGAUAGAAGCCAUGCUCUAUGAAACGGACUCGUUCAACGUCAAGGCAACCCUCGUGGAGCCGGGAUUUGUACGCAGGGAUGAGCCCGAUGCCCUAGCGACCCCGCUGCCCACCUGGGGCCACUUCCUUAUUAAGCCGGCGAGCGAGGCAUAUGCACAAGCAACAUCACCAGCAUUACAUGCCAAGAGAAUGGUUCAGUGGCUCGGUGACCGGCAACCGACGAGUGCUGUGAAGUGUGCUGAGCUUGUCUGGCAACUGGCCCACUGUUCUUACCCUCCGCUGCGGUUGCUCUUGGGAAGCUAUGCAAUUGAGAGUAUUCGCGACAGAUUACGGUCCGUCACGGAAGAACUGGAGGACUGGAAGCAUUUGAAUUUCCCUGUUGGGCCUGACUUAGGCAGUGAGAGCGAAGCGAAGGAUGGUAAGCAGGAUCAAGACCAGAGCAUUGCAGAUUCGGGGCAAGAUCUGCCUGGUCAAGUGACGCGAGAAGUGUAG